CACUCGACACGCCAACUCGGAGGCGCGUAUUUAGAGUCGAUGCUCUAGCGCAACGGGACAAGUAAAGCGCUGCUGCGCCCUCGGGAGCCGUCCGUGUAACGUGAUAAACUACUCCCAAUUCGAAUCAACGCCAGGGAUAACAUAAUCACGUAAAAAAAUGGCUUAGCAAUCCUCAGAAUGGACCGAAAAUACAUCUUUCUCGCAAUUCUCUCUCUAUUGAAUGCUUCAGAUAGCAGAAAGUGCCCAGACGACUGUAGAUGCUACGAAAAUCUAGAACGUAAAUAUACAGUGUGUGAACUAGGAGGCCUAAAACAGAUCCCAACAACAGAUAUGGAAAGUGACACACAAGUGCUAAUUAUCAGUGCUCCUAGAGACAAGCCAAACUAUUUAACCAUUGGUAGAAUAUUCCUCAAGUUUUCAGAUCUUCGCGAGAUCAGAAUCGUGCAAUCUAACCUCCCUGCUAUCGGUGACAGUUCUUUUUGGCCCGGUGACAAGCUGUUACUACUAGAUCUAAGCCACAACAACAUUACAAUUUUAAGAGACACGGACUUUAAUGGAUUAGAAAAUCUGCGGGUGCUAAAUUUGAGUUAUAAUCACAUUUCUGGUAUCCCCUCUGCACCUUUCCGCCUACUCAAGAGUUUGAAGACUCUGUCACUGGGUAACAAUCGUCUACGUGGCCUCGUACCUCGCUCGUUUUAUCUCCUACCCGAAUUAGAAGUGUUGGACCUCGGCGGUAACCCAUUAAAAGAUAUUGACCCAGAAUACAUGAAGGACGUCAAACCGUUGAGGAAACUCGUCCUGGCAGGAUGCCAGUUAACAAGAUUGCAUUCAUUGAUCUACCAGCAACUACCGAACUUGGAAGAACUCGAUCUAAGAAACAACAAGUUCAAAUUUUUUUCUCCCGAAGAAUUUAGGUACCUUAAGAGACUUCGCGUCUUACGCUUGGAUGGCAACAGCUUGACGGUGAUCGUCGAUAAGACGUUUGAUGGACACAACUUGGAUCAUUUGGGCCUAUCAGGGAAUAGAAUACAUAGGAUCACACCGUGCACAUUUUGUAACACGUCCAUCAAAGAGUUGGACUUGUCUAACAAUAGCCUCAUUUCUCUGAAUGCGGAUGUCUUGGCACCUCUGGUUCCAUCUCUCUCCUCACUAAACAUAAGCCACAAUCCUUUAAACCCCAGGGUCAUCACGGCCGUCCUGAAAUUAUUGUACAGAUUAGAAAAGUUGAAUAUAGCCGGAAUGGGAUUAACUCAGCUUUCGGAUGAUACUUUAUCCAAAAAUCGGAACUUGAGGCACUUAAAUGCUUCUCAAAACAAAUUUUCCAAUGUUUCUUAUAAAUUAUUGGCGCCACUUAAAGCGUUACAACUUCUAGAUUUGUCAAAAAAUAACUUGAGGUGGCUCUAUCCCAAAUUACUAGAGCAGUUGAGCAAUGCAACAGACCUAAGUGUGUUGCAUCUCGAGAACAAUCCCUGGUUGUGUCAAGAGUGCCAUAUCGUCCCGUUAUUGACGUGGAAUUCCACUUUAAACAGGUGCGAAUUUGGUCAAGAAUGCCUGCGUUGUGCUCAACCUCCCAGUUUAGCCGAUCGGAUACUUCAAACCCUGCAAAUGGAGGAACUCCAACCCUGCGCCGUAUCUCUUACUCAACCUAUAGUAUUGCCAGCGACUUCCAACAUAGGUGUGGUCGUAGCGGUGACCAUCAUUAUCAUCUUGUUGCUGAUUGCAGUGAUAGCCGUGGUUCUGUAUAGACAACAAGGAGCAGUUUACUACACUCACGAAGAGGAGCGUAACCACGAUUAUUCAUUCGAUCCUUGUUUCAACAGGAACGGGGGUGACAAGAGAUUGGCCUUUAUUAACAUGGAUAGAAUAGAGGAAGCCCCAGAAGAUAGGCAAAUCAGGUCGAACGUCAGAUGAGCCAUAUUUUAUUAGUAGUACAUUAUAGGAACCAUAUCGUGUGUUUUAAAGUUGGGGCAACGGAUGCCGCUAAACGGGACCAAGUUACUUAAACGUACCCAAAAUCAAAUUUUACAUAAAAUUCAAUGGUUCUGGUGGUGAAAGAUUCAUAUUUUUUUGAUAAAGCCUGUUAAUAAUAGUUUCUUUUCUUCCGUUAUUGUGAUAGAUCAUGUCAAAUUUUAGUGGUUUAGUACAUUUGUAAAAGUAGCUUAGAGUAGGCCAUUUCUUGAAGAAAGACGAAAGGAGGCGAAAAACUCUCAUUUUUUCAUCAAAAAACUCUAAAAGCACGAGUUUUUUUAAACAGGAAAGAAGAAUAAAGCUUUGGAGGAACCAUUUCUUGGGCUUUUGAAGGUUUUGUAGAGCAGAAUUUACAUUCUUUUUUAUAAAUAGAAUCAUCAAUUAUCCGAGAGACGGGACUCUGUCGUCGCUCUGCUGACAUUCGCAACAGAUAUGAGCUUUAAAUAAGUAGAAUAUAUUAUAAUAUUGCAUUUCUAAGUUCUGUCGUUCAUAAAAUUAAUUUUAAUAACUUUUAGAUUUUAUUGGAAACACGAAGAAAUUAAAAUAAAAAAGUGUAUUUCGCGUCGCUUCCAAAGUGCCGCGUGUCAUUGAACUCGACAAUACAAUUUUCUAAUGAAUAAAUUUUAAAGUUUGAAUUAAA